UUACGGUGAGGGAAGUAAAAUGGCGGAUUAGGAUGGGAUGGGCCUCUUAUUGUGUUCUUAACAGAAAAAAAUGUUUCAGCCUUUUAUAUCGCGUUUUAGAGGUUACUGAGGUACUUUAAAAAAGCUUUAGGAAAGUCACGAUUUUGGAUUUCACCCCACCGGCUUGUCUUUACCCGCUGAGGCCUCAACAACAUUCAGAUGAAGUGGAAGAAGAAGAGGAGGAGUCUGAGGCAGCCAGAAGGACGACUGGCCUAAGGUGUUACCAAGGAAACAGAGAGACCACAGAUGAUGAGCCCAGUGAGCUGGAGGCUUCUGCUGCUACUUCCUCUGACACUACAUUCCUUAUGCCUCAGCAGUGCUCUGAACAUCAUUUUGCCGACAGUGACUUUGAUGGGGAGCUUACAGCAGAGGUGAGAGUAGACGAAGCUUCAUCGCUGGCUUUGUUGGUGCCUGUUGCUCCUCGUUUCAGCAAGACAGGAUACGCAUUUGAUAGACAGUUCCUUCCCACGGCAGCCCCUGGAUCAGAGAGGGACUAUAGAGACUGCCUUUUUCCCCCUGUCCCUUUCCCCACGUGGACUGCAGCACAAAUGCCCAGGCCAUCUUCUCUCUGCACCUCUCAGAGGGAAACAGAGACUGCCAAAAGCCCUGUGCCUACUUCUCCUUCUACAUCACCCUCCUCCCCCUCUUCUGAACCCUCUUCCCCCUCCUCCUCUCCCUCUUCCUGCUCCCCAGGUGGUAGAGGGACGGGCUAUCAUGAGGACGAGGAUGAUGGCCAUGUCGGGGAUGGUAUGGUCAGCAGAGCUGCGGGAGACGGAGUGUCGUCCACUUCAUCAUCUCUAGCUCCAUCUUCACUCUCUGUGCCUCCCUCGUCUUCUUUGGAUCCAUUGCGCCAUGUUUCCUCAUCCCCCCACCUGCAUGGCGAUGACCAAAGGGAGGGCGCAGAGAUGGAGAUAUAUGACCCCUUUCACCCUACAGAUGGAGAGGGAGAACAAGGCACGGGUCAGGACGAGGAGGAGGAAGAAGAUGAGGGAGAUAAGUAUGACCCCUUUGAACCCACUGGCUCGCCAGCCUCAGAGAAAGAGGAGGAGGGAGAGAUGGAGAUGGAGGAAGAGGGAAGUACAGUGAGCAGCAUACCUUGUGAGGUGAAGGACGAUAAAGAACUGGAGCUGGAGGCAGCUGCUGAGCCAGGAGGUCCACCUCCAGACUCAACAGAGACCUUGGUUCCACCUCCUGAGGAUGAGGACGCAUCCAUAGAGUUAAACAGGGUCAAACCCCUGAGGGAGCGAGGGAAAGGAAUGUGUCAGAGGACACUGGAUGACUCUGAGCAUGACUCUGAGAUAGAAGAAGGUGAGAUAGUGGGUGCUAGUGACAGAGGAAGGGAAAGGGAAAUAGAGAGAAGAAGGGAGGUGCUGCUUCCCUCCUCUGGAAGUCCUCCAUUCCUCCAGGGUGGAGGCCUCAAACCCGAGAGAAUCUUGCGAGUUCUGGAUGGUGAAGGUUUUGUGUCAGUCCGAGCUGAGGGAGAAUGGGAUAGGGAACCGGCACCCCCGGUAGGCAUGGGGGACUUGAGGAGGAAACUUACCAGCAGGCGAAAAGAGAGGUUCCGAUCUUGCCCUUCUUCUGCCUCUGUUUCACCCCCUCCACCCUCUGCUCUGCCACUACCUCCUCCCUCACCUCCCGCUUCACAACUCCAGUCCACAGAAAAAGCAAGGAGUCGCAAAUCAUCAAAGAGCUCCAAGGAGAGGGACCGACGCAAGCGGAAAGAGGGCAAAGGAGAAGACAAAGAGAAGCGGAAAAAGAGGAAAGAGGGAAAAGGGGAGUCAGGAGGAGGGAGUGGAGAAAGCAAAGAGAGGGAUCAUGAGAGAAAGAGUAGAAGAAGUGGAAAAGAGAAGGACAAGGACAGGAGGAGGAGCAGCAGAAGUGACAGUCGCAAGAGAAAGAGCAGACAUAACAACACUCCGGAACCUUCCUCCCGCUCCCACUCCCAAAAUGCAUCGCGACACACACGCAGCCGCAGGUCCUGGUCCAGCCCCUCGGAGGGUCGCCACCGAGGACGAGAACGGGACCGAGACAGGGACAAAGAAAGAGACAAGGAGAGAGAGAGAGACCGAGAUCGGGAAAGAGACCGAUACAGCGACAGGAGGAGAGAUGACAGGGACAGGGAAAGAGAGAGAGACUCCAGAAGAAAAGAGAGAAGUAAAAGAGAUCGGGAUGAAGAAAGCAGGAGGUCCAGCAGCAGAGAAAGGGGCAAUGCAAAAAGGAGGAGAGAAAGCAGUGAGAGGAGAGACCGGGAAAAGGAAAGAGAGCGAGAAAGAGAGAGGGACAGGAGAAGAGAUGGUCGACCGGUUGUACCUCCAUCUAUUCAGGAUCUAAACGGGUCGGAUCUUUUUGCCAUUAAACGCACCAUCACUGUUACCUCUACACCCACCACCACGGUCCCCAGUUCUCCGGCGCAUGGCCAGGACCACCAACGCAGUCCUGGACAAAGCUCAGACAAACCCCGGAAGCGAAAGCGGAAACGGAGGAGACGCUCUGAUGAUGAAAGAAUGGAUGAGGACCACAGGAGCAGGUCACGUCCCUCCUCGCUAACCCCUCCACGUUACCACAGUUACGAAUCCGACCGUCAUUCAGACCGACCAGAACCUGACAUGCUAUCUCUGGAUGGAGAGGCAUUGGACUCUGAUUACCCUUCGCUGGAGGAUUCUCCUCUGCUCCCACCUCCUCCUCCUGAACCCCCUCUCCCUAGUCCCAAACCCAAGGCCACAGCCCCCAAAAGCAGCCGGCGCCAUGAAAAGAAGAAAUCCAGAUCCAGCAAAAAGACUGGCCAGUCAGAGUCGUCCACCUCAUCAUCUUCUCACAGACCCAAAGCGAAAAGCAAAAACCUCUUGCCCUCACUCUCCCCGCCUCUGUCUGCUUCUUCUGGCAACACUACUUCCCUUCCACCCGCUGCCUCUUCGUCUACUGGCAAAAGACGCAAGGUGGGGAAAGAAAAAGGAGGCAAGAAAGAAUCAGGACGUUCUGGCAGAUCCAAGAAGUUAGGUGGAAGCAGCAGGAAGGCUAAACUCCAGUCUAAAGUGUCAGUGCUGGUGCGAGAGGGUGUUAGCAGCACCACAGGGAACUCUGGCAAACUGGGCAUCGACCUGUUGGGACCUAGUGGGGUCGUGGGUGGAGCUGCAGGACCCUCAGUAGUGGGAGGGUCUAUAGCUGUGGUGUUCCGUCGGGACAACGAGAGUCGAUCGCCAUUCCUGAAGCCUUGCUCAGAGCCGCUGUCCCUGCCUGGCAGAGCCAAGGAUCUUGGGAAGACUAGCAAACAGCGCAAUACCCUUGCACCACUUUCUUCAGCUAACCCAGUAGGACUUAAGUCAAAGAAAGCCAAGCCAAGCUCUACAACCUCCACAUCAUCAUCCGCGUCCUCACCCACGUCGUCUUCGGCAGCCAAGCGUAGGCGGAGGCCAGGAAAGAAACCCCGGGAAAAAGGCCUAGCAGUGGACGGGCCUGAUAUUAAAGGCACCAACAGUAGCACUUUGGGCUCCGGUUGGGCUGGAGCGACAGCAGAUAUUCAGCCUUUGGGCGGAGUUGGUCCUAAACCUUCCAGUCCUCCUUCUGCUCUCCCUGGUCCCACACCGUCAUCGUCGUCAUCAUCAUCGUCCUCAUCCUCCUCUACAAGCGUCCUUCCCCCAUCGUCCUCGCCCCCCCACACCCCUCCGCUGUCUUUACCACCCUCACGAGAUACAAGGGAAUCCUCUCCAGACUCUCAGACUGUGGACAGCAGUUGCAAAACGCCAGAACCUUCGUUUCUUUCGGAGGAGUGCCCAGCUCAGUCCCAAUCCUUGCUCCAUGCGCCCUCAAAGUCUCCCCCUAGCCCUCCACAGUCAAGAGGGGACAGCAUAUCCCAGUCUGCCUCCAAGCCCCUCCCCUCAGAUGACCAGAAAACAUCGCCACCGUGCUCCACUUCUUCAUCGGCCUUGGCUGCUGCUUCCCUCUCUCAUUCCAUUCCUCCUCCGGCUGCAGACCCUUCCUCAUCUUCCUCAUCUUCAGUGUCUUCGUCAUCUGUCAGUAAGCCCCCGCCUCCUCCACCCCCACCCCCUGCAGCCCCGCCUUUGCCCUGGAGCCUGCAGGCAGGGGUAGACUGCACCGCUGGAGGUGUUUUAGCAUUGACGGCUCUCCUGUUUAAAAUGGAAGAGGCCAAUAUUGCCAGCCGAGCCAAAGCACAGGAGUUUAUUCAGGCCACAAGUCAGAUUCUCUCUCAGGCUAACCAGAACCAGUCGCAGACACAUCCUUCAUCCUCCUCUUCUUCUUCCUCCACACAAGUUCCUCCUCCUCCAUCACAUGCUCCGCCUCCAGGUCCGACGCCAGCGCAGUUUAUUCUCCAUGGCUCGCUCCCGUUGGUCGGCUGUACUAAAACCCCACCUUCUCAUUUACACCCUGGACUUUCGCUGGGUGGUGGAUGUGCUCAGACGCCACCUCCUCCAUUGCCUACAGGUCUGUCUGUGUCAACAGGGGGCGCAAAUGAGACAGGCUGGGACAGUGAAAGUAAAGACCCUGAUAAGUAUUUGAAGAAGCUACACACCCAGGAGAGGGCAGUAGAGGAAGUGAAGUUGGCCAUCAAACCCUACUACCAGCGCAAAGACAUCAACAAGGAAGAGUACAAGGACAUCCUGAGAAAAGCUGUGCACAAGAUUUGUCACAGUAGGACGGGCGAGAUUAACCCAGUGAAGGUGAGCAACCUGGUCAAGCUCUACGUCCAGAGGUACAAGUAUUUCCGGAAGCAUGGGCGCAAAAUGGAUGAGGAGGAAAAGGAAGAGCGCGAGUCCGCCUCCCUGCACUCCUCAGCGUGACUGGACAUAGACCGCUUUAACGCCCCAUUCUGAUUGGACAAGUAUUUUGAGGACCCUUCCUCUAUCUUGCACGUGACUGGAACCCGUCAAAGCAACCGAGCGAGAGUUACUCCCUGUGUGCUGACGUCGUGUAAACAUGUACUCCGUUCCCCUUCCUCUGUCUGUCUUUUGUCUCGCAAUCCAGAUGUAUGAUUAAAUGAUUAAGUGUGACUCAGAGUAUGGUUAAAAAAAAACAAAACAUAGAGACCCCCAAAUACAAGCUUAGUAUGAAGUGAUGAACACAUCCACACUUGUCUUUGUUGUUUUAUUACUCAGACACAUACAGAGACAGCUUUUGGGCACUACAGGUGUGUGAGACUUUCAGUUUGAUCUUGCUUUCUUUUCUUUGUCUUUGCUGAGAAUGGCAGGCAAAUAUCUGCGUAUAGUUAGAGAAUAAUAAUUCAUUUAUUAGGUCCAAAAAAGGCCCAUAUAGACAAGGUCACGGUCAGCCUAUAGUUUCAGAAUGGAGGUUGUUACACUACAAGGUUCUCCCACAGUAAUUGCCCCAUACAUGCUCCAUUUGCAAGCGUUUUCUUUCAGUUAUUGUUGCUGGGUUGGACAAGCAUAACUUUCUGUAUUCUUUAAAAAUACACAAAAAAUAGUCAUAUUUGACAUUAGCAUGGUUAGUGUCGCUGUCCUUUCUAGGCCUGGUUAUUGAAAGUCAGUACUUCUGUGGUGCCAUCUGAAUUACAUCACUACCACAGUAUCAACAUUUGUCAUUCAAAACCAAAUUUUAGUCUUUAGUCAGUCUUCUCAGUGUCCAUGAGCCAAUAUGCAUGCUUGAUCUUGAAUCUAGACUCGUUCCUAAAUCUACUCAGCUACACGUUUCUUAAUGGACUUGUUUUGAUGAGCAUAGUCCAGUCCUCAAGUAUCUAAACCAGUGGUCUCCAACCCUGAUCCUGGAGAGCUGCCUUAGUUUAGAAGAAGGUUAUUACAUGAGAGCUACUUCUUAGUUUAGUUCCAGCCUGUAUCCAAUAAGCUGCUCCACCCCUUACUUAACUCUAAUACAUCUGAUACAGCCAAUCAGGGACUUGAUUAGCUUUGUGGCAAAUUGUGGUUGGGGCUAAGGAAGGUAGCGGUCCAGAACCGGGGCUGGAGACCACUGAUCUUAACAUUCUGUUUCAUUUGAUACCAAAUUUCAAUAUUUAAGUAGUCAGUCUCAUCAGAACCUGUGAUCUAAAACCGUCUCAUCGUUCUGUAGUCAGCGUCAUGCCUGUGUCUCUGUGAGAAAAAUUAAAUGGGAAUUUCAAAAAUUG